AUGACCCCCAAUGAGAUCGGCGUCUCCUCCGCCGACGAGGUAAAAGACCUCCUCGACAAAGUCCAAGAAUUGGUCAUCCCAUUCAUCCGCGACGCCUCCAUCCCCGACUCGAAAGUCCUGGACUACCACAAGCCCCACGACCUCGACCGUCUCCUCUCCCUCUCUGUACCGGAAAAAGGACUCGGCCAGGAGGGAGUGUUGGAUAUCAUCAAGACAACAUUGAAGUACAGCGUGAACGGAUGGAGUCCCGGGUUUCUGGACAAGUUGUAUGCAUCAACGAACGCAGUCGGCGUCGCGUCAGAGUUGUUGUUGGGGGUGUUAAACACGGGAUCGCACGUCUACCACGUCUCACCCGUCCUCACGCUCAUGGAACGGUGUACCGGAACCGCACUUGCCAGACUCUUUGGAUUCGAGGGUGAGAAUGCCGGGGGUAUCACAUUUCCCGGUGGUUCAAGCUCGAACACGCAUUCGAUGGUGACGGCACGUAAUAUCAAGUUCCCCGAAACUAAAACGGAGGGUCUCAACGGGCGGAAAUUCGUGGUGUUCAAUUCUGCGCACGGACACUACUCUGUCGAAAAAGCCGCCAUCCUCUGCGGUUUCGGCUCAAAAGCCGUCUGGUCCGUGCCCAUCGACUCCCUCGGCCGCAUGAUCCCCUCCGAACUCGAAAAGCUCGUCAUCAAAGCAAAGGAAGAGGGAUACACCCCUUUCUACGUCAACGCUACCGCCGGAACGACCGUAAUGGGCUCCUUCGACCCCAUCCGCGAAUUAGCGACUUUAUGCCGCCGCCAUGACCUCUGGCUCCACGUCGAUGGUUCAUGGGGUGGUUCCGUCAUUUUCUCGGAUAAAUACAAACACCUCCUCGAUGGCUCCGAACUCGCCGACUCCAUCACCAUCAACCCCCACAAAAUGCUCGGUGUCCCACUACAGUGCUCAUACCUAAUCCUCCCCGACUCUGGAACACUAGUCAAAUCAAACUCCCUACGAGCAGGGUAUUUGUUCCACGGCGAUAAUGAAGAGGAGGCACAAUACGACCUCGCAGACGCAACAAUGGGAUGUGGCCGCCGUCCCGAUGCUCUAAAAUUCUUCCUCGGAUGGAGCUGGUACGGAAAACAAGGCUACGCGGCCCGUAUCGAACAAGCCUACGCUCUCGCCUCCUACUUUUCCUCCACCGUCGCUUCUCGCCCCGACUUUACCCUCCUCUCUCCCAACCCCCCCUCCUGUCUCCAAGUCUGCUUCCAAUUCGACGCAACGACGGACUCUGCAUUGAAUACGAAGAAGGUAGAGGUGAUAAGUGAGAGGUUGACGAAGGAAGGAAAGUUUUUGGUUGAUUUUGCGCCGGGGGAGACGGGGAGUUUCUUUAGGGCUGUGAUUAAUGCCCCGAACGUUAGUACGGAGUUUAUUGAUGAUUUGGUCGGUAGUGUGGAGAGAAUUGGGAAGGAGUUGAAGGAGGGGGGGUGGAAGUUUGACUAA